UUCAUCUUCACCAUCCCGAUUCGAGCAGGAAUGAUUAUUUCUGACACGGUAACAAUGUAUGUACACACAUUUAGGAGAGUAACCAUCUCGGCAAUCAGGUCCCGGUUCUGGGGCUGUGCGUGGGGCCAAUGAGCAUGAGUGGCCGUCAACUCCACCGAUGGUUCAGGAAAUGCCGAAGAGAGCGGAGGCUUGUGAAGCGCAUGUCCGACCGAGGCAGGCACGUUUCCCCUUCCGAUUCAGUUCGGCAUCAUCGGAUCGAAGAUGCACGACGAGUCGUCGGUGUCGGGUGUGUGUGUGUGUGUGUAUGUCGCAUUCGUGCCGGGACACAACUGGGCUACGGUGGCACUAGGGUAAAAACUGCGUAGUCUAUGUCGUGACGUCACAGUUUUUUUUGUUUUUGGUAGCAGCUAAUCGAAUCCCUUCUCGUUCGUCGGGUAUGGGAACUCACUCUCCGUGUGCCUAGUCAAGAAGUCCGAAAGCUCACGGUGAGCAGAUUUGCUAGCAUUCGCUAGCAGUGCAGCUGGCUCCGUUGGCAGAGUGCUAUUCCCGAAAAGUCCUUUUCGAGUGCGCGGGACAAGGUACUGGUGGUGGUGGUGAUGCUGGUGGUGCUAGUGGUGAUACACAGCAGUUUUUGAGCUUGCAGGAACUGGCAGCAGUCGCCAGAACGUAGCAAAACUUCACUCGGUGCGGUCGUCGUAACAUCAGAGGCAAAGGAACCGUGUUUGUGUGUGGCUGGCUCCAAAAACGCGCUCUCGGGAAAGAAAGAAAAAAAAGAAGAUAUAUAGAAAAUCUCCCAACCAGUUCGGUUCACCGUUAGAGAAAAAAAUCACCAAACAAAGUGAAAACAGCGCCAUCCGGUUUUCCAAACCCUUCUCGCUCGGGAAAACACAAUCUACUUGAAAAGCAAUCGCGCGAAAAUCGUGGCAUCCUAUUUUAAGCAAAGUUUCGCUUCAAAGCAGAAGGGGAGGUACAUAUAGCAGAGCAAUAGUCACCGUAGCAGCAGCAGUAAUCGCAGCAAUCGCUGCCUGAAGGGAACUUCAAACUCACUCCUUCUGUUGUCCUUCCCGUUCGCUAUACCAAAGUAGCAGCGCCAAACCGAGUACGAGUGUUACUGUACAAAAUUAAACAGGUUUUAAAAAAUAAAUUUCAGCAGUUGAAACGUGGGUGCUAAUUAUUCCGAUCGUGGAACCUGGAGUGGAAUAAACCUUAAGGGGUUAGGUGCAAGACGAGAAGCUCCAGAAUUGUGAACCGCUGAGAAACUGCAGUCAGUUAGUGGUGUGCUACGUGCGUUUUGUUGGCAAUAGUCCCAUACUAGGGGGCAAUCAAUCUACAUAGAAAUAUAUUUCACAACAAAGAAAAACCGUGUUAGUUAAUUCCGAAAGCUUUAAGUUUCUAAGCUAGUCCAAAAGUUCGUUUCCAACGUCGUUUUUGUAAACUGUUUUUACAAGUGUAUGUCAAAGAAUCAAAGUGAGAUUUGUAAACACGUCUUGAUGAGAUUUAAUAGUAGAGGUUAGUUUUCUAAGUCGAACCAGUUUAGCGCAACUCAAAAAUAAAAAAAAAGUUAAAAGUUGAUGUGUAGUGCAAGUGUUUUAAACUAGUGAAAGUGUUUAUUUUUCUACCUUCAAGCGAGUAUUUAAGGUGGGGAGAGAAAGGAGAGAAGAACCACAGUUUGUAACAUAAAUCGUUUGUAAAAAAAAAAGAGAGAGAGAGAAGAAAAUCUUUUGCAAUUAUCAAAUCGUUAUUCCGAAAUCGUUCGUUCGUUCGAAAAACUAGUCGUAAUUCGUUGAGAGCAUAAUCGCAUAGAACAGUUUAUCCCCCAACUCCCCCACCUCCCCCCGGACACUAUCGGUGUGUUUUUCGAACUUCUAAAUGGGUGAUUUUAUGUACGGUGGUUCGAUACUGACGAACGAUCCGUGCGUGUCCAGCCAGUCGCUGCUAGACACGUUGAGCAUCAACAAUCUGCUGAAUAUCAAACAUCUGACGAACGGAGCUGGUGUCGGUAGUGGUGGUGUUGGUGUUGGUGUUGGUGUUGGUAUCGAUCACAAUUCUUCGGUGUCGGAACCAUCGGUAGCGGUAGCGAGUCCAGCAGGUUCGGCUUCCCUCAUCGUAGACUCCAUCAUCGUGGACAACAACAACAGCAGCAACAGCAGCAGUAAGAAGCCCAACAACAUGCCCGCUACGAGCAGCAACAGCAACAGCAGCAGAGACAGUGUCGGAGGGGUAAGUGGCGUCGAUGAGUCCGGUCACCUGAUCAACAAUUCCUGCAAUUCGGCCACAAGCAUUCCAACCAUCACGACCGCCAUUUCUUCCGAGUGUGCACUGACUCCUUCCAGUGUCCAGAACAGCCUGUCGCUGCAGCUAAACACACAGCAGUCGGAUGACGACACGUCAACCUCGUCGCUGCUGAACGGAGGAGGAGGUGGUUCGGUGGCUUCACCGAUCGCGUCGUCACUGAACAGUCACAAUAACAACCACAACAACAACAGCUCGAACACAGCAAACAACAAUCUCCUGAUUGAGAACUCCGAUCUACAUCUUCCCGGUGCUGCCGACGAGCUCAGUCUCAAGGCAUCCGAUCUGAGCUGUCUGGGUGUCACUGCUAAUCUGAUGAACGGUGGAUCAUCGUCGCACAUGGUGCUUCCUCCGAACGGGCUUAACUUCGGCACCCCAUCGGAUCACAGUCCCUGGUCGACGAGCCUGGACGAGGCCACCAGUUCCCAUCUGUCGAUCAACGGGCUCGGUGGGUUCCAGAACUUUUCCAACAGUCACCUGUACAACGGGGCUGCCGCAGCUGCUGCAGCGGCCGCAGCAGCAGCAGCCCAGCAACAGCAGCGCCGUGCGAUCACUGCUUCCCACGGUGGAUUCUCACAUCACGGUCUGUCCCCGAACAACGGUGCAGUUGUUCACAGUGCCGGGCAUAUGAUGCAACAUCCGGCCGCUCAACAGAGCCAACAACAGCAAAGUCAGUUCAAAAACUCCUACCCGACGUGGUCCAAUCCUGGCCCAGCUGGUCCAUGGUCUCAACAGCAGCAACAACAGCAACAACAACAACAACAACAACAGCAGGCUCAGCAACAUCCACAACAGCAGAAUCCCAUGAACUCCUGGAAUCGUGGCCGAUCCGUACCGAACAUGAACCUUGGCAAUGGGCUUACCGCCGCCGGUGGAAUUCAUCCGCGCAAACAACAUAAUCCAAACCCACAAUCGCAGGCGCUUUCUCCGUACGCCAACCACCUACACCAGCAACAGCAGCAGCAGCAACAACAACAACAGCAGCAACCCCAUCUUCAGCAAUCUCUCAACAUGGCAUCCAACCUAAUCAAUUCACCUUCCAAGUAUCGCCGUAGUACUUCGUACCCCGGUAAAUGCGGACUGCCCAACAACUCCGGUGUAAGCGGCGGCGGUGGUGGCGUCGGCGGCGGCGGUUUCAGUGCUGGUCCGUUGGAUGUCGUUCCACUGGACGACUCCCGUGAUCCCUUCAUGUCAUCCUAUCAGGACCGCACCGGAUUGAACAAUGGAUUAGACAUGCGUUCGCUGGAGCACUGCCUUAGCGACAUCAUGCGGAAUGUUGGUGAAGCUUCGCAGCCAGAUCAUCUGAAAGGAUUUCUCAACUGUAACACAAACACUCUGCAGUCGUUAGCUCAGUUGCACGGCAAACUCGAUUUCCACGAAUUCAUACCAGGCAAGCCGUUUUUCUCCGGGUUGGACGAGCACAUUUCUGAUGAGGCUGGUAGCGGCGGGAACGGAAGUGGUGGCUACAUCGGCAAUGCUAACAGCCACCAUUCGCAACAACAGCAGCAUCAUCAUCAUCAACACCAUCAGCAUCAUCCACACCACCAGCUAGGUGGCCUCGGAUCACCAGCCCGAUCGUCACCACACUCGAAUGGUUCGGAAUCGACGGAACGGUUCUCGCGGAAGGUAUUUGUUGGCGGUCUACCACCGGAUAUCGAUGAGGAGGAAAUCACCACAUCAUUCAACCAGUACGGAGCCCUGGUCGUCGACUGGCCACACAAGGCCGAAUCCAAGUCAUACUUUCCUCCGAAGGGAUAUGCGUUCCUGUUGUUUCAGGAAGAACGUGGUGUCCAGAAACUAAUCGAAACGUGCCACCCGGAGGACGAUAAACUUUACAUCACCGUAUCAUCACCGACGAUCAAAAACAAGGCAGUACAGAUUCGUCCGUGGCGAUUGGCCGAUGCCGAUUACGUACUGGAUGCUUCGAUGCCCUUGGAUCCACGCAAAACGGUUUUCGUCGGGGGCGUUCCGAGACCGCUGAAAGCAUAUGAACUUGCCACCAUUAUGGAUCGCUUGUAUGGAGGCGUUUGCUAUGCAGGAAUCGAUACCGAUCCCGAGCUGAAAUAUCCGAAGGGUGCCGGUCGAGUGGCUUUCUCGAACCAACAGAGCUACAUCGCUGCGAUUUCCGCUCGUUUCGUGCAGUUGCAGCACGGUGACAUUGACAAGCGAGUCGAGGUGAAGCCGUACGUCCUGGACGAUCAGAUGUGCGACGAGUGCCAGGGUCAGCGGUGUGGUGGCAAAUUUGCGCCGUUCUUUUGCGCCAACGUUACCUGUCUACAGUAUUAUUGCGAGCAUUGUUGGGCCCAUAUUCAUUCGCGAUCAGGUCGCGAGUAUCACAAACCCCUCGUUAAGGAAGGUGCGGAUCGGCCCCGGGCAGUUCCUUUCCGCUGGUGUUAACGCCAGCCACCACGAUCAAUGUCGACUGCAGCGGGAAGAACAGCACAAACUGCUUUCGGAAACGCAAUGUCGAUGAGAUCGGGCCACAACCACCAUCAACAACAGCCAGCGCAGCAUCACCAAAACCACCAACAGCAGCAGCAGCAUCAUCAGUUAGUAGCUACCAGUUCAAAUGCCGCAUCCACCGGAAGUGUUGGUGCGGAUUUUCAUGGCUUCGGUCACCCAGGGUCAUCAAACUACGUACCACCACCGCCGUCAUUUCCCUGGACUAACAGUAACAGCGGAAGUAGCAAUACUAAUAAUGCAAGCAACACAGUUCUAGGGUACGGUACAAAAUCAAGGUACAAUAUGGCUCGGGUACCGACCUCCGGUGGCUUUUUGGCCCCUCCACCAUCGCGUUACACCACCGGUGGUUCUGGUGGGUGUGUUAAUGGCAGCAAUAUUUCUGCCGGUCUCAUAUCUAGCAGCGGUAGUAGCAGUCCUUCCUCGAUUCGCUGCAGUAGUUCGAUUGAUCAGGCCCUCGCUAAUACAGGUGCGGUCAAUAAUUUUAAUAAGAAGCAUGAAGACAUUAUCAAGCAGCAUCAGCGCAAAAUGCAACAGCAACAGCAGCAGCAGCAACACCACCAGUUGCAAUUGCAGUCGUCACUUUCGAUAUCUGCUGCCUCUAAUGACGCGAUCGGAAACUAAAACCUAUACUUGAAAAGACGAGAAUUUCACGCAAGAAGCGAUUUUUUAUAAACCAACAGAAUAGUUCGAUUUUCUACUCUACCUUUAGAUAAUAGAAAUAGUUUAGCGAGCGAAAAGCAAAUAAGGAAACGUGUUUUUGUAAGAAACGACAUUCGCCGACGAGUUAUGGUUGAACUAAAGAAUAACUAGAAGUAUUAAAAAUAUUUGAAUGCGAUUGAUUGGUCACCCACAAUGAGAGGAGAACAAACAAAAAUGAAGAUAAUAAUAUUUCCUCGUUCUCGGCAAACCUGUUAUGCCAGCAAGCAUGGAGGGAUUACUUAUUGAGAACGAUAACCAAUAACCAGACAAGAUUGAGUUACAAAGCUAGUGAGUACUGUUUUUAAUUCGUUUACUUUUUUAUAUUGAAAUACGUUAUGUUAACUUUUUGUACGAAAUCGAAGUAGAACAUUGUAAAUCUAUAUAUAUUGUAUAGCUGCUGGUUUAACGAUAAACUCAGCGAAUACAAAGCAAACCUAAGUGAAGUAACAAAUUUAAUAUGAAACUCGUAUUUAAUCCGAUAUCAACCAAAUAACUACACAUUCAUAUAAAAGACGAGGUAAUAUUGUAAAUAAAAUACCAAAAUACUACGGAAAUAAAAGACCGAAGGAGAGAAGACAACAAAACAUCAUACAAAUCAUUUUGUGAUAGGUAUUUUUGUAGACAUUCAAACUCAAAUCACUGUCAAAUAACAAAGUAAACGCUGAGGAAACGAUCGAAAUUGAUUAAAGAACAUCAUUCGAACAUUCAUGGCAAACUUGAAACCUGCACGACCAUCAUAAUCGCGGUUUUUUAAACAAAUCAAAACAGUGCAACUACUGCUUUUGAUAAAUUACUGUUUUCGGUAUGAAUUGAAAAAAAUAAUUACUGUUUUGUUUGGAAACCUGAACUUUUCAAACGGAAAAGUGACCCGAUUCCUUGGUAUCUAGUCGAAUUUUAUUGUUCUCUUGCAAACUGUUAUCUAUCUGUGUAAAAAUGUUGGUUAGACAUAUGAAUGUGAGAUAAAAACCUAUGCGAAUAUUGAACUUCUUUUAGUUUGUUAAAUUUUUUCUUCUCGCAAGCCUGUUAAGCUACUCCUUAGUAUCAGAAAGAUCUAGAUCUUCGUGAUCGAUUAUGUAAAUAGUUAACAACAACAAAAAAAAUGAAACUUUAUCAACGACAAAAAUAUCUGAUGCUCUGAAACAAGAAAAUAUAAAACAAUACGCAUAAAAAGAUAAAUGAAGACCACCUAAAUCUGCGAUACAUUAGAACACAUAAUUGGUUUUGGUUUUCUUUGAAAAGACUUAGAUGAUACAAUUUUCUAGCUCCUUACGUUCUUCUUACUGCCUUCCUUUUCCAUGAAGAUUUGGCAUUUGGUCCAGUUGAAAAGCAAAGUAGAAUUUUUUAUCACUGUUCAAGAAUUCUGAGUAAUACAAGACUUUGAUUAAAACAAAAAAAAAAACAAACCAAGAGACGGAAUUGCAGGAUUAUCGUCGACGACAAAGUAUAAGGAAAUAUUAUUCGGAUACGGUAUUUGAAGGGAAGAUAAAAAUUUCCCGUUCAUUACCUUCACGUGAUAUCCAAUCCACAUUUUCAGCACCCAGUUUCUUAACGAUUUUCCAAAUCAGCUUCCGCUAAUUUUCCAAACAGUUAUUAGUUGCGAAUUGCAAGGAGUCAAUUGCUCUACAGUUAGCACUUUCAAAUUUCAAAUAUUAUGCAGCGGGACAUUUUUACUCUCUUUUGCCCCACCUUUUUUAAUCGGUUUUCGAUGUAGAUGCGCCUUUCCAAUUCUGAAAACGAAAAAGUGAAUGCUUGCACUAUCAGUCAUCUAAGAAUGAAGCACGUAUGUCCAUUUCGGUCCAAAACGACCUAAUCGGCAUUACGUCUUCUUCUUCUUGUACUCAAAUACUUUGUUGUAGUUAGAGCCCUAUACCAUUAUAGCAAAGAGAAUGUUUAGAAAUUACGUCCCAAAUUCGUGGGAUGUAAAGAGAUUGAUGGGUGUUGGAAACCAAGUGAAAAUCCUUGUUUUUUAUGGAGCCAUCCUGAGCGUAACCAAUCAGGUAUUAUGAAAACAUUUUUUUCCCUUUCUCUACCGGACGCUGAAAUUAUUUCACAUGAACUGAAAAAAUUAAUAGAACUUUAAUUUUCUAAAAACCAGCACGCAAAAAAAAACAGCGGAAAAGGAACCAUUCUGCAAUCAUAAUCUUCCAGAUAGUGAAAUACAAAAAAAAAAAAAAAUGCCACAAACCCAAAUUAUAUAUGAAUAGAUUUUUCAUACGAGUGUAGUUAGCGGAACGGAAUUAAAUAGUCUUGCAUUGCAGUCAGAGAUGCCAGGUCUGCAGAUUUGUCUGUAAAUCUGCAGAUUUGGGGUAUAGUGCUGCAGACAUUUUUAGUUGUGCAGACUUUUACAGACUUUUGAAAUUCUCGCAGACUUUUGCAGACUUUUGAAAUUCUCGCAAACUUUCGUCUAUAUUAACAGACUUUAGAAAUUUUCGCGACCUUUUUUUUUUUUUUUUGCUCGCCAAGUCAGUUUUGCGUGUCAUACUUUAUAGAGAAAUUGCUGCCAGCAAGACAUACUUGCUGACUGCAGAUUUUUUUUUAGAUUUACAGACCCUGUCUGCAGAUAUUUGAAAUUUUGACCUGGCAUCUCUGAUUGCAGUAACAAUAGCGUUGACGAUGGACGAUGACUCACGGAAAGAUAUAUUUUUAUAACGUUUGGAUCAAUCAGUUAAUUGAUCAUUGAAGUUCCCAAUAGGAAAAGUUAGCAAAUCGGAAGCUCAGUUGACCCAAGAUUUAUACGAUUCCAAGAGUUUUAACAUCUGGAGUAAUCUGUUCAGGAUAAUUUAGAAAUUUUUAGUUUUCCCCCAUACAGGGCUGUUGUACCUAUAGUCAUCUCAUCAGUUGAGUCGCCAUAUUAUUUUGCCGAUUACUAGACUUUCAUUGAACGAGUUGUGAUAAAACCGGCUUUGGCUCUAAGAAACAAUAUCGCAGACAAAAUAGUUCGAAAAUUGUUCCAUACUGCUGUUAUUGCGACGCGAAAAAAUUUGAAGCGAAUGCUCCCAUUUUCAUCUUGCCCUUAAGGUCAAUCUAUCGAACAGAGACAGUAGAUCUCACUCUAAUCGAUAAUUUUUCGUAUAUGAGAUGACUACUGGAGCCGUUACCUUAAUAGAACAUGAUCCUCUGCAAAUGACAGUUAAUUUAUGUUUACUUUCUUUACCGGUUGUUAUCGUACUUUCUGUAAUUUUCCCCAUUAAAACCUUUGAAGUGAUUAUCGCAAAUCCUAGGACGACGUCGUCGAGUGUUUUAGUUCUAGAUGCAUAAUUUAUGUUAGUUUUAAAAUUUAAAUCUAGAUUUUAUAACAAGAAAAACUGGCAGCCCCAGCAGUGUUUCGCUCGUGUUUCAAAUCUCGGUUGAUUUUUCAUUAGGGCGUAUAAGCAAGUGACAGUUUCUCUUUAAUCACUCUCUCUUUCGAUUAUUGUGAUGUGAUUAAAAAGAUUUUCUUUGAUUGCACUACAGUGUUUGAAAGUCGAAAGUUUCGGGUAUCAUUUAAUGCAAAGAGUUCAGUGAUAAACGUGGAAACCGCUUGGUAAUUAAUAGAAGAGAAAGUAAACAAAGAGAAAUGGUCAAUUUCUUAUACGCCCUAAUGAAAAAUCAACCGAGAAAUAUUGAAAAAAUAGAACGGCAUCGUGUGCCACUUCCAAAUUUGACAGUACUGUUCGAAUAAAUAAAACUAGAACGGCUUGCUGGGGAUACGUUCGUUCCAGUUUCAGUUCUGUUAUAAAUCUUCCAUAUGAACGAUCCAACUCAGGCCCGUACCCAGAAUUUCGUUUCGGGAGGGGCCCAAAGAUAAGAAAAAUAAUGUUACUGAAGAUUGCUUAUGUAGCUAAUUCUCGGUGUGCCUUUUACGGGUGUUUUUAACAGUCACUUAAAACUUUUCCACUGGAACUGUUAUUGUAUUACAUUAUUGUCUGAGACCUUCUGAAUAAUUAUAUGUCUGUUUUUGAUUUCGGGAGGGGCCCGGGCCCCUUGGGCCCCCCCCUCUGGGUACGUGACUGAUCCAACUACUGAAUUUGCUCUUAUGAUUUUUCUAUGGUAGAUUUUCAAUACCAAGAUUGCUUUGCUUUCAGCGCCAAGACAAAACUAAAACGGUAUGCAGGAGAUAUUCGCCCUUAUUCUGAAUAACGUCGUAUUUUUUCCCUCGUAUUUCAUUUGUAUUCCCAAUAACGCUAGCAAAAUCAAAGGUAGCUAUGAUUCGAUCGAACCACAUUCGAUCGAAAAAUCAAUACGUCGUUAUUCAGAAUAAAAGCGAUUGGGCUGUCUUACAGCUUACAAACAGAAAUUCAAAUUAGAUUGGUUUGCUUUAAUCAAGAAACGUGUACAUUAAAUACGAUUCAGACGAUCAAUCAACUUCGCUCAACGUCAAGAUUAAUUUAUUAAUUUUGUUAGCCGAAUAUUGCUCACGUACCCUACGUUAAAAUGUUCCGUGAAGUUGGCGUAGUGUCCCUUCAUAUGAAUUGCUUACAAUUAAUGUUGUUGUUCCGUAACCGUUCCAUGCCGGUGAUAGUCGCCAUUCAGAUCUCCUGCAUAUAAAACUUCCAGUCGCUGAAUCCACUCUAAAGUGACAAAAGGAAAAACAAUGAGAGAUGAAUAAGAAACGAAAACUACACAGAACCGCAACACAACCUUAUUUUGGGGGUUCCGUUCAAUAACCUAACUUUAGGUAAAGUGGCUCUGAGUAGUUUCCAUUGGGCACGUGCAAAAAAUACUUAAAGUUGAGUUCUAUCUACUCAAUGGUAAGUUAUAUUUACUCUACAAUUGAGUCGUAUUCAGGGCUAAUAAAAGUCAUUCUCAUUGACUCAAAAUAGACGAAAAUGAAAAGAAAUCACUGUCACUCUCAGCAUCGCUUACCAACUAAGAGAACGAAAUCCAUGUCCAGUCAAUGACAUAAGUGGGACUGUAGUUUCAAAAUUGUGUUCUCUCUUUCAAUUUGCCCUUUCGGUAAUUUGCGGUUUUCAGUGAAAAUACCAUAGUAUGCGGUGUCGAUAUUCAACCGAAGCUUUGAGCAUCGAAAAUGACAGAAAAAACUUUCACAAUGACUUUUACCUGUUCGUGCUCCAAUUUGUAGUAGUUUUGUUUUGCAAAGAGGCUCUGGGAUGUAAUUACUUCGAUUCGUCAUAUUUUAGUCACUUUAUAACCAAACAUCACACAUUACAGUCAAUACAUCGAUGAAAUAAUGAGAAUUGAAAUUCUGCUGAUGCUCCCUGAAGACGUUAGUUUGGUUUCGUCUUGUUAUAGAGGAAAGAGUGACGUUGGCAAUUAUACUCUCUCUUUUUUUUCAAUGAGAAACGAGAAUGCUUCGUCUCUCUUCGUUUGUUCUGGUGUCGUUAAUUUACGAACGAGACAGUGAAAUAUUGAAAAUGAGGCUGUUGGAUUGGAUUCUUUCAUUGAGGAUGCGUGACAAUGUUAAGUUCUAGUCGUAUUGACUCAAUUGCAGGUUGAUACGGUUUACUUAUUUUAGUUUAUUGUACGAAACUAUCGCUGUUGGGUGGCUUUGCUCUUUGUAUUUUGACAACAAUGAAAGGAGCGAAUGAAAGAAAAGAUUUAAAAGAACUCAAAACUAAUUAAUUGAGAAGUCAAAUAAUAGGUACUUAUUAUUUUCCGAGUUUUGUUAGGUUUUAUCAUUGCGAUAAACGCACAGUUCGAGAAAAUCUUGUGAUUUUACAUCUUAUAAGAUGCACAUGAAUGGAGCGUCCGUAUUUCACACAAAUUUCUAUUCAAGGGCAUGUAAAAUUGUCCCAGGCUUCAGAAUCGCAACGCGAGCUGUCUCAUCUUGUCUUGGAACAAAUUCAGCAGCUGGAAGAUUUGUAUGGAAGAUAUAUAAUAUAACUGAAAUUGGAACAAACAUACACCCAGCAAGCCUAACUGCUAUUAAACCACAGACUAACAGACAUGACAGUAUGAGUAAAUUCUUAUAAAAAUAAUUUUUCGUGAUGCACUAGUUCCACCUAUAUCGUACUGCGCGAACUAUUUACUAUCGGUACACCCCUUGUGUUAUGUAAAAGUUAAUUUACUAGUUGGUUCCCCCUCGUUUGUCAACACCGAUCAGCUGCUUGCAGGGAUGCCUGAUUUCAUCAUAAUAUUUGGAAAUGAAUCGUCACAGUAAAUUAUUAUAUUAUGUUAAUAAUAUAUUAAACUUUUUAGCGAUGUUGGAAGGUAACCAUUUAUUUUUCUCAACAUUGUUCAUCUAGACUAUUUUUUAUUGUGUUGGUAAUUUUCACCCGAAAUUAAGUGGCGGCAGAUCAGAAGCAAGUAAAUAUUGCCACUAAACGGGUUCGAUUUUGUAUUGCGUUGAAGGAUGAGAGGUAGGCACAAUUUUGUAUAUAGUUUUGGCAAUAUGUAUUAAAUCUGUAUCCUGCAUGAAAUUCGCAUACAAAUGCAAAUACAUAUCAAUACAUUACAGGUUACAUUCUGUAUAAAUGGCAACUCUGUUGGUAAAUGAAAAAAAUAAACACAGUCUAGAUGACAGACAGGAUGUUUUUGAUAGGGUAACGUGGCGCCAUCAUGACACAUGUGAGUACUGUCCCAAAUAAAGGAAUAUUCGAAAUGACAGUUAAAAUGAUUGAAGAAUCUAAUUUGAGUGUCCUGUCUGUUAGUCUGUGAUUAAACCGUUUGUUUAAAGCCAGUUUUGAACCUAGUUUCAACGUUGUUGAACUGAAAAUCGAGUCAGUUUCGAACCUGGUUUUUAUAUCAGGUUUGCUCAAACCCCCGUUGCUAAGUGCGAAAUCAACACAGUUUUGUGAGAAGUGUUUGUUUGAUGAAACUACCAUGGGUGGUCAGUUUCAGUUUUCUUAAGCGAAAACGACAUAAGUUGAACUGCUUACUGAAAGAAAUUAUUCGGUUCGGUUUGUUCUUGUUUUUACGUGCAAAUUUAAAUCGGAUAUUGAGUUUUAUUUCUGCUAAUUCAAAGGAAAAUGGGUGUUAUUCAUAUUCAGAAUAAUGGCGUAUUGAUUUUUCCAUCUUUAUUUUUAUUCGAAAAAACGCUAACAAAAUAAAAAGCGGCCUUUAAACGUUCAUUAAAAGUGUUAUUACUUAAAAAUGAUGUCAUUUUUGAUGAACGUGUAAGGCAAUAAUGACGAAUUCUCCAUACAACUUCGGAAUGUCAUUACUUUAAUAAUCAUUAAAAAUUACAUCAAUAAUUUUCGUUUAAGGGCCGCUAAAGGGAGUUUUAAUUAGGUAGUUCCACAUUCGAUCGAAAAAUCAAUACGCCGUUAUUCAGAAUAAGGGCAGAAAACUACUGUCAGAAUGAGGGUUGUCAAAAGUAGAACAUUUCAGCAGUUUUUCAAAGAUGGGCGAAUCUUACAAAAGUGAACAAAUCGAGUUUCUCUUACCUACCAAUAGAAGCUUCAAAAUCCUACAAUUUUGCCUAAACAUUCGGAUUCUUCAAAAAUCUCAAUAUUUGUAGUACAUAGAACUAUAAAGGGCGAAACUGUCAUUCCAUUUGUUUACGUAAGUUUCGCCCUCCGUGUUCCAUGCCAACAAACAGGGCGAUACUUCAAUCGCUUUUAUUUUCUUUAUUUUAGAUGGUUUCCGAACCUUUCAGUACUGGAAAUAGUAAAUGGGACGAUAAAAUUACUCGCUGAUUUAUCUUAGUCGCGAAAACCAACCAAUUUCAUGAAAAAUACGCAACUUUACAAUUCACACAGGAAGCAUAAAAGUAAACAAAUCGAAAAAGGGCAAAACUUCUUUUAUGUUGAUUUAUUCAGUAGAUAUAGAAGGAAAGUGGUAAAAUUUGCAUGCAUUUGAAAGAUGAACCAACAGUUCAACGUCUAAUCAAAAAUUGAUCUGGGAAGAUACGAAAGUUUCUAAAUAGGUUUUGAAACCAAAGUCGAAACAUUCAUCGACGUUUUCCUCCAUUUGCUGUCAAUGUUAGAUUCGCCGUUCUUUGAAAAACAGCUGAUUCAUGACAUAUGCAAAUUUGAAAAAGUAAAAUAAUUGCAUCAGGCUACUUCGAUGACGUUGUUAGCCAGGGUACUACAUUUCGAUGCGGAACUUGUUCUUCUUUUUUAACAGAUUUCGCCGCCGACAAGUAAGUGUACAGGAUCAUUGCCUGGCCAGGGUUUCGGUCGUAUGGGCACUAAAAAUCCUGGUUUAUUAGAUCAGCGCCUUAUACUCCGAACCGUCGUCAAAUGGAGCGCUGAAAGUUUUGAAUUAGUGAACAGUUCAGCAAAAAAAAAAACAAUGUAUUUCAGAAUCUCCUCUUCUAGCCUUUUAUUUUAAAAUCCUUUUAUACAUACAUAAAAAAAUUAGUCUUCUAAAACAAUGGGGCAACUGAGGUAAGUCGAUUUCAAUUUGAGUUAGCAAUCUUCCUCACGACAUUCAAUAAAUCACGCGUUUCAAGGUUUCGCUAAACAAAGGAAACUAGUUUUGCUAACGUUUAAUACACUUUGAUAUAGCAUUAAGUCAAGUCCAAACGUCACGAAGAAGGUCUAUAUACAGCGCUAUUUUCUCAAUACUGUUACCGGUAGAUAAUAUCUGGAAGGAACACAUUUUUCAACAUGUGUUCAUCAUAUGGCUAUAAUAAAUGCAAACGAUUGAAACAAAAAAGCAAAACAAAAAAAAAACGGAUUUAUAUUUGUAAACUAUAUUUGAACCAAAACCACACAAAGAAACACUCAUAGAAAACAAAACAGUAACCAGAAGUAAAAUAUGAUACAAAACAAAAAAAUAGUAAUGCGAAAGUUGUAAACCGUUCAUUAAUACAAAACAAACAAAAAGUAAAUCAUUCAACUAGAUAACUGAAAUUUUAGUAUAUUGUAUUCAAGCUGUAUUAAGUUGACAAAAAAGAAAACGUGCGUAAAAUUUUUAAUCUGUUUUAAUUGUUGGUCGAUCGCAACACUGAAAAUGGUCCAUCAGCAGAAGAUUGUUCUAAAUAUCGUAAAUGACACUAGGAAGCAUGACACAAGAUCACAGAUAACCGAAAAUGCUUUCGUACCUGAAAAUGCAAAAACAUGCAAUGAAAAAAAUGCAAAAAAAAAUCGGAAAUCAUGAAUAUAUUUUUCUACUCACAUCUGGACAGGAAAAGUUUCCCCUUAUUGCCAUAAGAGUGCCAUUUAUCAAGAUUGAAACCCGAUUUCAGUCUACUAUCGUGUGCAACUUUAGGUUCGUUAAGUUUAUUGGUGUGAGAUAUUUCGAUUUGAUGGAUAGCAAAAGAAUACGGAGAAAAGAAAAAAAAAGGUUGCCGAGGAUUUUCGGGUUCUGCUUAGUGCGAAACGAAAUUUUUCAUAUUCGUAUGAGUUUUUUUGAUAACUACUCAUAGAAAAACGAGGGAAAAAGCAUUGGGCAAUAUUAAUGAAGGAAAAGUGUGUAAAAAUUGUAUAAAAAUUGCAGUUCUACACUCUUUUCAUACUGUUUGCAUGUAACAGCUAUCGUUCAUAAGCUAAACAGAGGUAAGAAAAUCAAUAAUACUAAAUAUAUUAAUAAUAACGACAAUUGGAAAAAAACACGAAUGAAAUCAUACAACAACAACAAAAAAAUAACAAAAUGAAUACAAAGUUCAUACAAAUAACCCACUUUUUCUCUAAAAUUGAUCAGAGAUUGAUCACUAGACAGAAAUCAUCAGAAAGUUUAGACAUAGAGACACUUCAAGUCUAUGAGAAGAUCAUCCUUAAUGAAGGAAAACCAAAUUCACAAACCGAAAGAUUGAGAUAAAGCAAAUAGAUGUAGUUUAGAAAUUGUACACUUUCGUUACAGUUUUCUUUUGUACAGCGUACAGCAAAAGUAGUUUGAGCUCUAGGACAGUUUCAUACACUAAAUAUGAUCAAUUUCUAUGGACCUAAUGUGAAUAAACCGUACCCGAUCUUCGUUUCUUAACCAGCUCGACGUGUAAAAAGAAAAUCAAUAAAAUUUACCGAAACCGGAAAAAGAGAAGCUAUAUCAGAAGGAAAUCGAGAGUUUAAAUAUCCAAAUGAUGUUAACCGAUUUUCAUACAGAAUAAGAACAAAAAAUUACGCCAGUCACACAACAGUAACAGAAACCAAUAAUCAUAAGAUAGUCGUUUUACUCAAAUUGUUCGUUUUGUUUUAUGAAUGUGGGAAUUAUUUCUUGAAUUCAACAACUCAUCCAUCGACUAGAUUUAGUUCAGAUGAUGAUUCUUCACUAGAGGUACUUCACUAAAAGUAAAUUGGUAUGCACCAAAUGAUCUGUAAUUCAACAUUUCGAACAAAAUCUCGAACUUUCCUUCCGAUGGAGUGCCCGUAUAUUUGAAACGGACACGUCCUUGACUAUCCCGCCACUUCGUUGAAGUGGCAGCUUGAAAAUUGUCCUGUAUUUUUCGAUUGAUCGAAAUUCUGUGCUAGUUGGACAUGACUUUACCCAAAUGCUUGCGGAUUAACGGCAUGCAUAGUCUUGUAAUUACAUUCCUUUCGUGGAUUUGGACCAUUCAGUUUUAAUUGCCUUGGCAGCUGCCCAGGACUGCAAUCAACAUCUUUUCAGUCAUUAUUCGACGUAAACUUGGGAUGUCAUCAUUGAGGAUGUGACAAACGGUUCCGUUUCCCGACCCCAACUGCAAUCAUCAUGACCUUCCUCGCGAACUUGUCAGCAAACACUAAUUUUCAUCUUCCCGUCAAAGGGCCCAGUGUUACCCUUGUGUUUCUUCAAAACACAUCGACUGCUUUGAUCAAAGUACCGUUAGUUGUUAUCUGUAGAAGUGUACACAAACAACUGUCAUACAUUUACAAUUUUCUACAAUGGAGGCGAGCUUGCGGCUCGCGAGGAGCGCACCAGUUUACUUCUACCAGACAUCCUGUAAGUGUGACCAUAUCAUUAAAUACUAUAUUCGAAUUUCUGCUCUAGUUGAUGAUAGGAACAUCACUGGUUUUUUUUCUCGACUAUAUAUCUGUUAAAAAGAAGAUUCAUUAAAAGCAGCAGAAAUGAAUGGUUAUCCCCACCUAUAGUAAGCAUUGAAGUUCACUUUUUUUUCUUAUUUCAUUACUCAAUGUAUUCAUCGAAACAAAAAAAAAAUUGCAGUUCAUAAUGUGACAGGUGAAUAAACCGUGAAUGUGCAACCAUGUUCCACCGUGCAAAGAAUUAGCGAUAGUUCCAAUCUAGAGUGGCAACAAGCUGCAUUUCGACAGCUCAACAGUUUGUCAACCUUUACACAUUUUUUAUUACUUCCACUCGUCAUUUUCAUUGCUAACAGAUCUCAGCAAAAAAAAAACAAACACUGAAAGCAAUGCCAUCAGACGAACUCAAUCAAAUUUCCCUAAUUAUCUGUGUGAAUGUACUGCUUGAAAUGAAUAACCGAUGAAGCGAAAACAUAUAAGACAAAAAAGUUCAUUGUUUAACUAUUGCUAUUGUUUCUCUAUUUUUUGUAUAACCGCCGUUAUCUAAUAACUAAAAAAAACUGUUUGUAAAAAAAAGUUAAGGUACUACAUAUAAGAACAACAAAAAAAAGAAGAUAAAUACAGCUACGCAUCUCAUAUCGGCAGCUAAAGUAAAAGAUAAAAUAAACAAAUAAGACGACUAAAUAAAACAAAACACUGCAAUAUCGAUUCUCAAUGUAACACGAAUUCAAAGUGAAUAGCUGUUUCUGAUGGAGUGGAAUCACACUCCAGUAUAGGCAAAUGAGAUAUAGUAUAUAAAGAAAAGAAAACAAAAAAAUAUACAGCAGAAAUCCACCAAAAAAAAUAUAACAAUGAUCCUGUUUUUCUUCCCCCCCCCCUUUAAAACACUGAUACGAUUUCGGUUUUGAUAGCAUAGAUAAAAGCAGACUUUUCUCUUCGAUUACUGGAAAAUUAACUUGCAAAGCUAUCGGGAAACUGAAAGCCAGAAAACCACAUUUUACACGUUCGGCAUGCUACAAAACAAUUAAUCAGUGGCAGUAUGACGCAGAAGAAGAGGAAAAAAAAACGUAGAGCAUAUAAAUAUAGAAAUUAUAUUAAUAUAAUUCUGAAGAAAAAAAAACAAAAAGAUACUUUUUAGUAGAUUUUUAUUAUAAUUUUAGAACAAUUUUUUCACAGAAAAGUAAUAAAAAUAUUGACGAAAAAAAUAUUUUAAUAAAAGUAAUUAAUAUAAUGUAAACAAAUUAAUAUAAUGAACUUUAGGUGAAUGGAAUGUUUUUAUACUUGUAGCUGAAUUUUUUAAUCAGAAGUGAACAACAAAAGCAAGCAAGCAAAGAAAAAAAAAUGAAAUAAAAAAGAAAGUAAAAACUAAUUUUUGAGACAAGAAUAUUAUCUAAAAUUGAAAAUUGUAUAUGAAAAAAGUAUAUAUUAUACCAUUAACCGUUUGAAUAAUGGAGAGAAAAAAAAAUGAAACCCGUUGCACCCAAACAUGCAACGGAGUCAAUAAUAAAUCCAACACUUGCACGUAGCCAAAAUGCGUUCGUAUUAUUUUGUUAGUCAAAUCGUUUCUGAAUAGUAUUAGUCUGAACAGGUUUAUGCAGAAUAGUGAAAAACAAAUUUUAUAAACUAAGUCAACGCUUACGAUGUCCUGUUUUUAGAACGGUUUAUUUUCUAUUUGUUUGUUAUAGCGGAAUUUCUAUUUUAGAGAGCAUAUUUUUACAUAUUGAAACUAUUUUUCUUGUUCUAUUAGCGAACCUAAGUUAGCCGUUUUGCAUAAGUACCGGGUAAGUCGUUUGAAUAUAUGAUUGAGUAGGUCGUUAACACGCGCAGUCACACCACCCCUAAAUGCUGUUAAUUUUUAAAAUUACCAACUAACAUAGCAAACAAGAAGAACCUUUUUUGUACCGUUUUGGUAGCGAAAUAUGUAGUACGAUUUUUUAGGAAUCAGCAAAACGACAACAAAGUAAUUCAUGUCUUGAUAAUGACGAUGAUGGGAUGUCGAGAUAAAAAAAAUAGAAAAAUCGAGUCUUUGAGUAGUUCUUAAAGAUAAUACAUAGUGAGGAGAAUAAAAACAAAUGAAAAUAAGUAAAAAAAAAGAAGUAGUUCAACGUAGAGAUGAAAAACUCUUGUAUUCCUAUAUUGUAGUUUAAUUUUUUUAUCUAUUUUUUACGGAAUCAAAAAAGAAUGAAUAAUAAAGAAAACGUAUUUUUAAUUAA